AUGCAUUACACACCCCGCGAGGUUGAGAAGCUUGUCUUUUCUCAGGCCGGCCAUCUUGCCCAGAAGCGACUGGCUCAUGGAAAGAAACUGAACCAUCUGGAGUCUAGUGCUCUCAUCGCUACCGUCCUUCAAGAGAUCAUCCACAAUGAAGAUUACUCUGUUGCCGAUCUCAUGAAAGCUGGCAAAGUUAUUCUGGGCCGACGACAUGUUCAUCCAUCUGUCGUUGCUACACUUAAACAGAUGCAGGUCGAAGGUACCUUCGAGACAGGAACUCAUUUGAUCACUAUCCACGAUCCAAUCAGUACUGACAACGGCGACUUGAAGAUGGCUUUCUACGGAAGCUUCAUUCCAGUUCCCUCUGAUGACUUGUUUCCCGCUGUCAACGAGGCAGACUUUCAUCCUUUGGCAAUGCCAGGUGCUAUCCGACCAGCGGAGGCUGGAGACAUCAUUCUCAAUGCCGGGCGUGACCGAGUGAGACUCACUGUCACGAACAAAGGGACUCGUGCCGUUCAUGUGGGAUCCCACUUUCACUUCAUGGAAACGAACCCCGAUCUCGACUUUGAUCGUGAAAAGACCUACGGCUACCAUCUAGACCUUCCAGCCGGCGAAUUUCUGCGCUUCGAACCCAAUGAGCCGAAACACGUCACUCUGGUUCAAAUUGGAGGCUUAAAGGUUAUCCAAGGUGGGAGUGGCCUUGCCAAAGGUCCGGUCAACCGUAGCAGCGUCAAGAACAUCCUGCAGCAACUCCAACAGGCGGGCUAUCUACACUCGCCUAAAGCGUUGGAGGAUCAAAACGUUGUUCAGCCAUGCUCAAUGAGUCGAGACAAGUAUGCCUCUGCUUAUGGCCCCACGACAGGUGAUCUGAUUCGUCUUGCGUCUACUGACCUUUGGGCCAAAGUUGAGAAAGACUACACAUUUUAUGGUGACGAGUGUACAUUGGGUUGCGGCAAGACUAUUCGUGAUGGCAUGGGAGCCGCAAGCGGCUGUGCCGAUGCUGAUUGUCUUGACUUGGCUAUCAUCAACGCUGUCAUCAUCGAUUGGACUGGCAUUUUCAAGGCUGACAUUGGUAUCAAAGGCGGUACUAUCGUUGGCAUUGGAAAAGCUGGUAACCCAAGUACAAUGGAUGGUGUUUCUGAUAACAUGGUAGUUGGAUCAAACACGGACAUCAUCGACGCCGGUGGUAAGAUCGUUACCGCUGGUGCAAUUGACACUCAUGUCCACAACAUUUGUCCCCAGCAGGCAUUCGAGGCGAUCUCAUCCGGUGUAACGACUCUCUUUGGAGGCGGUACGGGCCCGAGUACCUCGUCUACUGCUGUCAAUGGUACCGCGAGCAAGAAGUACAUCCGACAAAUGAUGCAAGCGUGCGAUCAGCUGCCCGUCAAUUUCGGCCUCUUCGGAAAGGGUAGCGACUCCGAGAGGGUCGGUCUCCUUGAUCAGAUCAACGCGGGUGUGAUUGCCUUGAAACUGCAUGAGGAUUUCGGAUGCACGCCCUCGACAAUUGACAACUGUCUGAAUGUCUGCGAUGAACAAGACAUCCAAUGCCAUAUCCAUACUGAUGGCCUCAACGAAGCAGGCUUUCUCGAGCACACAGCAGCAAUCUUCAAAGGCCGUAGCAUUCACGUGUACCAUGUCGAAGGCGCAGGUGGCGGCCAUGCGCCUGACGUUAUCAAGCUUGUCGCUUAUCCAAACGUGCUUCCUAGCAGCACGACUCCCACGAUGCCUUUCACUACAAACACGAUUGACGAGCAUAUCGACAUGGCUGCCAACUGCCACCGUCUUUCUAAGGACAAUCCCGAUGAUGCCUCAUUUCUCAAGAACCGUAUCCGAGAGGAAACCAUUUCGGCUGAGGAUAUCCUUCAUGAUAUCGGAGCGAUUAGUAUCAUGUCGUCAGACUCUCAAGCCAUGGGACGAUCAGCAGAGGUACUGGUGUGCACUUGGAGGGCAGCGCACAAGAACAAGGUCCAACGCGGAGCUCUGGCUGAAGACAAAGAUACUGGUGCGGACAACUUCCGUAUCAAACGAUAUAUCAGCAAGUACACCAUCAAUCCUGCCAUUACGCAAGGAAUCAGUCAUGCUGUUGGUAGUGUUGAAGCAGGCAAAUUGGCUGACCUGGUCAUUUGGGACCCUGCUGAGUUUGGGACGAAGCCAUUCCAGGUUCUGAAGAAGGGAUUUAUUACGUAUGCACAGAUGGGCGAUCCCAACGGAGCUGUCGCAGAUGUCGAACCUUUGAUCGGCCGGACGAUGUAUGGAGCCCUGCAUCCGGAGUCGAGCGUCAUGUUUGUCUCUCAAGCAAGCAUCUCACAAAGCGGAGACGUUCACUCAUACAACCUCAAAAAGCAGAUUGAAGUUGUCAAGAACUGCCGAACGGUAAAGAAAAGUGAUCUCAAGUUUAACAGCGCUAAACCGAAGGUUGAAGUUGAUCCCGAGACUUUAGUUGUCACUUGUGAUGGAAUGGCGCUGAAGUCCGAGCCGGCGAGCUCUCUUCCUCUGACCAGGCAAUCGUUCUUCUACUAG